CGGUGUCUCUACUUUGUAAUAAAAAAUGGAAGAAGUGGAUUCUAUUAUUUUGCAUUUUCUGCGACAGUUAAAUAUAGAUAUUCAUAAUGACUUUAAAAACAUUAGCGAGCUACCAGUUGAAAUAAUAGUAGAAUCAGCUAUAAAAUGUAUAAAAGCUAUUAAUCCAACUGUAAAAGUACCAUGUAAAUUACCCUCUGGUGUAUCACAAAGAAUAGAAGUAGCUGCGCAAGUGGCUGGUAUAUGUAAGGAUCUAGGUUACCAGAAUGAUGUCGGAUAUCAAACAUUCCUCUAUCAUAAUGAGACAGAAUUAAGACAAGUUUUCAUGUUCCUGAUAGAAAAAUUACCAAGUGAAGACAAAAAGCUCACAACUAAAGUUAAGCCUAUGAAUGCAAAAUAUCAGCUUUUACAAAAUAUAAGUAAUAAAAUUGGAGAAGAUCUGAACACCAUUUGGAUUCCACCCUGUUGUAAACCUUCGUUAAAAAGUAAUGUAGGAGAUUUCAUAUAUAGUCAAGUUUCAGAUCAAACAGAGAAUAAAGAAAUAUCCCCUGAUAAAAUUAUUGAAAAAAUUUCGAAAAUUAAUAAAAUGAGGAAUACCAUUCCUAAAUCUGAAGUUAGUCAUAAUGUCCUGCCAAGUAAAACUGUGGUAAUUAAUAACAAAGUUACGAUGUCUGAGAGUGACAAGACUCUGAAAGAAUUACAAGAAAUAGUGAUCUUACUUCGCCAAAAACUAGAUACUCUUGAAAGUGAAAGAAAUGUAAUGAAUGUGGAGUUUUCUCAGGCACAAAAAAAUAGUGAGCGUGCUGAAAAUGAUUUAAGGAAUAUGCAAAGUAUUCUGAACAGUGUUGGAAUAACUGAAUUUGAAUCCGAUGAAAUUGAGAAUAUAUUACAAAAGGUUCAUAACAAUAUAAACAUGCUACACAAUAAAAGUGAAGAAAUAACAUCAAAGAACUUAUCACUUAAAAUUGAAAUUGAAAAAAUGAAAACGAAAAUUAGUUCUUCAGAAUCAGAACAGAUAAAAUGUAGAAACACCUUAACAAACUUAAAGGAAACUGCCAAGAGUUUGAAAGAUGAGUGUGAAAAGAAAGAAGGGUUAAAGAACCAGUUAAAACUUAAAUACGAAAAACUGAAAGGUGGCAACAAAAGGCAUAUUUACACUAAGCGCAUUUUAGAAAUAAUAGGUAACGUUGAAAAACAAAAUGCUGAAAUCAAGAAGAUUUUAGAAGAUACUCGACAACUUCAAAAAGAAAUAAAUACCCUGGAGGGUCAACUUGAUAGAUGUUUCUCAAUUGCAGACGAAACUUUGUUUAAAGAUGCCAAGAGAGAUGACCAAGCAAAAAAAGCUUAUAAAUUAUUGGCUUUACUUCAUUCUGAAUGCAAUACUAUUGUAUCAUUAGUCAAUGAAACUGGCACUUUAUCCAGGGAUAUAAUAGAUUUAGAAGAUAAUAUUAAAGCUGAAAAAUCAAAGAGAACUGAGGAUAUACUGAAGAAAAUUCAAAUUGACCUUGCUAAACUGCAAAAGGAAACUUCUUAGUUUUUAAAUUAUACAUUAUAUAUUUACAAUAAAAUACUAAUUCACACAAAA